UCUGUUCCAUUUUUCCUUACAGGUGCGGACAUCGUUUCUGCUACAGUUGUGGAGGAGCCAAAUGGCCCAAAUCAGCCAAAUGUGGUUGUGGACUUUACGGGCGAAAUGGAAAUCAUUGUCUGAUUCUGAGAAAGCACCCUAUCUGACUGAGGCAGGGGAGAUGAUUAGAUAAUGCUUAUUUCUAGAGAGUAGUUGAAAUGAACAAUGAGGAGGAGGAGGAGGAGGAGGAGGCUAGGAAUAGGAAGAAUGGGGGAGAAGGAAGGUGGGUACGUACGUAAUUGUUGGAUUGCUUAGUUACUGAUUUACCUUUCUGAUUUAAGCUCGAGCUCUUUGUUCAUAUGUAAUGAAAGAUAAAAACAGAGGGAUGAUUAAGUUUCAGGGCUUUUAUGCUACCAGAUUUCCGAUAUCCUUUUUUACGUAUUUAAUGAUCCUUUUUACGUUCAAUGGUUUUCAGUCUGCUUAAUUAUUAUGCAAAACAAAAAGUAAAUACAACUCUUCGAUCAUUGUCAGAUUGUCACCCACCCUAUUCAUGUUAGUCGAUCAGGAAUUUCAUUGUAUAGUAAGAAAUGUUGUGUUUGGUUCUCAACCCUUGUGUUUCAUUCGCGGUACUCAUUAAUGUUAUGUUAUUUCACUAAAGCUCAGCAGUUCUGUUGAUUUGUGCAGCCAAACUGGGCAAACGGGAUGUGGUUCUUCAUAAUUUCCAAGUUGCUUAACAGGUUUAGUCAAUCAAUUUCAUGAAAAGAUUGAUUGAAGCCCAAGUAAACUGACCUCAGUAGUUACACUGUGGAGGGAUGUUUUGACUUUUGAGUUGUCAAAUUGCUGAAAUAUCCCGGACCUACAAAAAAAGUGGCUUAGGUUUUGGGAAGGUUGUUUUGGUCAACAGGGAAGUGGUGAAGUUGAACUCCCCACUACUAGAGUCAAUUAUAACCGAAAAGCUAUUUUCAUGGCAUUUUCAAAAGCUCAUUGAAAAUCAGUAACGUUAUAGUCAACAGAAAAAUCACCAAGGGUGAAACACAACUAUAAAGGGUGAGUAAUAAAGUAAAAAAAUUGAGCUUUGGAUUAGUAAAGGAGCGGUUUCUGUUCUAGUAAUUGUGACUAAUUGUUCUUCUGCUCACUACUUGCACACUGCUGCUGUAAGCCUGUAACCGUUGCUUAUACUCUCUCGGCUUCUCUUCUGGGUGAAGGCAGCAUAAAUCAGCAGAGGGAGUUCUUCACAACCUCUGUUGUUGAAGAUGGACGAGAUUCUUGAUCAUUUUUUCAGUUCCUCAUCAUGGACAGAUGUGGAUGUAAAGGAAAGAUCAUCUUUGGACUGUUACGAAAAUCCACCAACAAACGAAAUGUUUCUCAGUUCACUUGGAGUAAUUGAAGAUGACAGCAAUAACUCUGCUACAAAUCUGAGCAACUCAAACCACAGCAUGGAGAGCAUGGCUGCACAGUCUGCUAAUUCAUCUGUUGCUCAUGAUUUUGAGUCUGAUGCACAAGACAAUUGCAACAAUUGCGCGGCCAACUUCUCGAUUAAUGAUCAAAUGGGCCUGCAAUAUGAUUUGGAUGGUAACAUGGCGAGAUCAACAUCUGUUUCGUCCCUAGAGCCACAAAAUGUGGGAGGCAAUUGUUGUGAACAGUCUGUCUUUCAGAGACUCAAUGGAGAUAUUGAAACCCUUUCUCCAAUUUCUCAGCUGUGGCCUCUUCAAGCUUAUGAGGGUGUCUCUUCUCCUCUUUGUCCUCCUGGUAUGGGACAACAGAAGCUGUGCAGCUUUGGUAGUCAUGAUAUUUAUGAGUUAUCUGAUUUAAUCACCACAGAGAAGGUAAGCCAGGAGAUGGGAAAUUAUCCUUUGCCCUCUUUUGCUUCUGGGCCUCAGAUUCCAAUGGCAAUGACUGGAUUGCAGUCUUUCCCACAGACUACAUCAACUAACCCCUCUGCUGAAUGUACUGGACCUAGAAAGCCUCGUAUGAGGGCUCGCCGAGGCCAGGCAACUGAUCCACACAGUAUUGCUGAAAGGCUUCGGAGAGAGAAAAUUGCUGACAGAAUGAAGAAUCUGCAAGAACUUGUACCAAAGUCUAACAAGACUGACAAGGCAUCUAUGCUUGAUGAAAUCAUCGAGUAUGUCAAGUUUCUUCAGCAACAACUCAAGGUUCUAAGCGCACGCAGAUUGGGAGCUACAGGGGCAGUUAUCUUGGAUAAUCAGGCUAAGGGGACCAAUGGGAUUUCACAGUCUCCAUCACUUGGUCAAGUAGCUCAUGACAUUUCUUUCAAUGAAAUUGCUUUUGAACAAGUACUGAAACUGAUGGAAACCGAUGUAACCAAGGCAAUGCAUUAUCUCCAAAGCAAAGGUCUCUGCAUGAUGCCCGUCGCUCUUGCCAAUGCCAUAUUGGCCGAAAAGGAAUCAUCACCGGCUCCUGAUUCUGCCGAGAAUUUGAAGAACUCCGGUUUUACUGAUGAUGGUUUUGUUCACAACCCCAGCAGCAGCAGUAGCAGUAACAGCAACACCUUGCCUGGCACCGACAAAACGGCUGUCAAUCCAUGAUGGUUAUCAUGGUUAACUUAAAACAGAAGAAAUAAUCAAGUGUAUUAACUUAUGAUGAUCCUUAUCUGUGGAUGAGAUGAAGCCUUUGAGCAGAGUUGAACAAAAGUAGUUCUAGCUAGUCUUGGGAUUAGUAGCAGCUAGUAACUACAUGAUGAAUUUGUUUCUAUAUAUUUUGAAUCGUUUUGUAGAGAUUAUUGAUCAUUUUUGGAUUAACGAGAAGUCUCAAUUCAUGAAACAAAUGCUUUACUUCA